AUGUCACCGUUUACGACAAACGGUUUAUUAAGAGCUGUAGACACUUCAAUAAUAUCAACGUUCUAUCGGAGAGGUAUUUCACAGCUCGCAAUUAGUCGUCGGUAUUUUGGAACAAAUCACACUAUUAGAGUCUUUAAUCAACGACGAUUGCAAUUACUGGAAGCUGAGGCAAAUUCAUUUCCCAAUGACGCGACUAAACAGGUUGAAUAUUAUAAAGAACUACUUAGAUCUAAUAAUCAUAAUGCGGUUAUUGCUCGAUUCGAACGUGGAAAUUUUGCGCAUGAUGAUGAAUGUUUUCGAGCAUAUAUCACUGCAUUAGCUAAAGCAGGUCAAGUAGACAAAGUAUUACCAAAAAUAAUACAGAAAUUAGAACAAUCUGGUGUUACCGGUGUCGAUGGAGAGCAACUUCAACGAACGAUUUGGUACACACGAUUGUUAAAAGCCAAGGAAAAAAAAACUACUACAGAAGGUGGUCCAUCAGUUGCAGCAUCAAAUGCUGGUAAUAAAGAAAACCCUAUUUAUGUUGUAAUCGAAGGAGCACGGGGAUAUAUGUUUUGGCGUGCUUUACGCUGGGUUGGCAUUACAUUCACGUAUGCCUUUUGUAUCAUCACUUUUCUUAGUAUUGCUAUGGAAAAUUCGGGACUAUUAAAGACCGGUGGAUCACAGUCGGAAUUUGAACCGUCUUCACAGCAGGUGGUUAAAUUUUCUGAUGUGCAUGGUGUUGAUGAAGCCAAGGAAGAGUUGGAGGAAUUGGUCGAAUUCUUAAAGGACCCUUCAAAGUUUACAGGUUUAGGAGGGAGACUUCCAAAAGGUGUUUUACUUACUGGUCCUCCAGGUACUGGAAAAACAUUAUUAGCACGUGCCGUUGCAGGAGAAGCUGGUGUGCCAUUCUUUUUUAUGUCCGGCUCAGAAUUUGAUGAGAUGUAUGUUGGAGUUGGUGCAAGAAGAGUGCGUGAACUUUUUGCUGCUGCGAGACGCAAGGCACCUAGCAUAGUUUUUAUAGAUGAGUUGGAUGCAAUUGGCUCAAAACGCAAUCCGAAGGAUCAAACAUAUAUGAAGCAAACGCUUAACCAAUUAUUGGUUGAUUUGGAUGGAUUUUCGCAAACUGAAGGAGUUAUUUUCAUAGCUGCAACAAACUUUCCUGAACUUCUGGAUAAAGCAUUGGUCCGACCUGGUCGUUUCGAUAGACAUGUAGCUGUGCCACUUCCAGAUGUGCAUGGUAGAAUGCAAAUUUUGGACCAUCAUCUAAAAAAUGUUCAAAUUUCAAAUGAUGUAAAAAUUAGCGUUAUAGCACGUGGAACACCAGGUUUUUCAGGCGCAGAUUUAGCUAAUCUGGUUAAUCAAGCGGCGAUUCAAGCUUCGAGAGAUGGUGCACAAGAGGUUGCAAUGCGACAUAUGGAAUAUGCCAAGGACAAGAUACUUAUGGGUGCUGAGCGUAAAUCUGCCAUAAUAACUAGUGAAAAUAAAAAAUUAACUGCAUAUCAUGAAGGUGGACAUGCAUUGGUGGCCUUGUAUACGCCUGGAGCUUUACCACUGCAUAAGGCUACAAUUAUGCCACGGGGUUCUACUCUUGGCAUGACAGUACAAUUGCCUGAAAUGGAUAAAGAUAAUUACACCAAAAAAGAAUUUCUUGCAAUGGUUGACGUUGCUAUGGGUGGAAGAGUUGCAGAAGAAAUGAUUUUUGGUAAAGAAAACGUUACAACGGGAUCACAUAAUGAUAUUGUAAACGCAACAAAUGUUGCCAAAAGGAUGGUGACGUUAUAUGGCAUGAGCGAUAAGGUUGGUCCAGUAGCUCAUCCCGAAGAAGACAUGGAACAUUUAAGUUCUCAGACUAAAUUAAUUAUUGAAAAUGAAAUCAAGUCAUUAUUGGAGGUUUCUCAUAAAGACGAAUUACAUCGACUGGCAAAUGCCUUGAUAGAAUAUGAAACUCUUACACAAGAAGAAAUUGAGUCAGUCAUUAAAGGCAAAGCUAUUAAUCGAUGA